CUGAAUAUAUGUCCCUGCAAACUCCAUCAAACUCGUCAAAACUUUGCUGAACAUUGCUGCUGACUGCUAUUCUCUCCUCUGAGAAACACAAAUCGCGUCACCUUCUCCUCUUCUCACAAACAAAUCGCCACCUUCUUCUUCUGACUCUUCUCGCAAACAAAUUGCAAACUUCUUCUCACAACAACAACAACAAACCCAGUCAAUGACUCUCUCUUCUCCACUCAGCAGCAUCUUCUUCUUCUCUCUUCCUCAAACCCAGUAUCUCUCUCACAGUUCUCACUCACUCUUAGUCAAGAUUUUGAAGCAGUAAAUCAGCGAAGAAAAAUAAAGAGAUAUUUUGUAUCUAAAUGGCAUCUUCAGCAAAAACUCUCACAAAUAGUAAUUGCACAACGGAUGAAGACUGGACAGUUGUUUUACCCCGUCGUGGAAGACAAAAGAGAAAAGCUCCCGAGGUUAAAAUUUUAGAAGAAAAACAAGAACCGUGGGCUCCGACAGAUUCUCAGACAGAUCCAGGCAGAGAAACAGCAUUAAUGCAGAAAAUGGAAAGACAUAUUAGUAAGAUUGAGAAUUCUCAGUUCUAUCAAACUUUCAGAGAUCAGGUUGAAACAUCAGUUUUAGAUUACAUCCCUAAGGUUUUAGGAUCAGAGACAACUAUGCAAAUGGUCAUUUAUGGUAUUGGCAGCAUUGAAUUGUAUGAACCCCCAUGUUUGCAACUUAGCAUUGCAAUGUUGAUGAAAAGAGAUUUUAAUUGGAUUGGAAGCAUUGAGGUGUUUGACCCUAUUAUCUCUGUAACCGAGUCACAUGUUUUGGAAGCUCUUGGUUGUUCCGUCAUGUCCAUAAACGAGCACGGUAAGCGAGAAGCUCUAAAGCCAACAAUGUUCUUCAUGCCUCACUGCGAAGCAGAGUUAUAUUGCAAUCUGUUGCGGGCGAAUUGGAAGCCGAAUCUCUUAAAAAACAUGGUAUUAUUCGGGAACAGCUUUGAAGCAUACGAGCAGCAUGUGUCCUUAUGUAAGACCUCACCUGUUAUGUACUUGGUAGGGCAUAUCUUGGCUGCCCGAAGUUUCACAAACGAAGUCAAAAUCGAAACAGUUUCUGAUGAUUAUUACAAUGCAUUCCAUGAUUCAAGUUGGCACUUUUUCAGCCCUGUCCAUGAGACAGAGCUGCAACUUAUCAAUUCUUGAUGGAGUUUUAACUCAAUCAAUAUUCUGUUGUACACCACUUUGGUAUAUUGUUGUUCUAGAAAAUGUUAGAACUCUUACAUUUUUAUUCUUUUUCUCCGAAAUCUUUGAAAUUUGAUUCUUAUGCCAAAGGGAUAAUGUAAAACAAUGUGUGAAAUGAUAGGUCUGGUCUAUAUUCUUGAAACCUCCAUUAUUCUCUCUUA